GCAAGACACUGGAGCUCCAGCCAGGCACCAGAUGUUUUGCUGAGAAGGAAAAAAUAAAGAGCAUUAAGAGCUUUUUAAAUCUUGCAUUUUCACUCUUGUCCUAUAAGAAAUAAUUGUGACAUUUCAUGCUUGGAAAUGUGUCACAGAAGCUUUCUGUCAUAUUGACACCAUACACUGUGGAAGGGACUUGCUUAUGUAUCACCAGUUUAAAGGACCUGAAAACGCAGUGACCGCCAAGGAGGAUAUUUUGAAGUUUGAAAUGAUCCCUAUAUAAAUAGAACGGAUCAGCAUAACUUUGGGAUAAAAUUAGCCCGCAGUUUGUGGACUCUCCAGCCUUGCCUGUGUGCUGGGUGCUGCUCUCCUGCUAAAUCACAGCUCAGCUUCCACGGGGAGCAGAGGAUGGACGCCUUCACUGCCCCUAUCUCCAAAGCUGGAGCUGCCAAGUUAGUUAAGAAAAAUUUCCUGGAGGCUCUAAAGUCAAAUGACUUCGGAAAACUGAAGGCUAUUUUACUCCAAAGGCAAAUAGAUGUGGACACAGUGUUUGAAGUUGAAGAUGAGAAUAUGGUUUUGGCAUCUUACAAACAAGGUUAUUGGCUGCCCAGUUAUAAACUGAAAUCUUCCUGGGCGACAGGCCUGCACCUCUCUGUCUUCUUUGGUCACGUGGAAUGUCUUAUGGUUCUGCUGGACCACAAUGCUACCAUCAACUGUCGGCCCAAUGGGAAGACUCCUCUGCACGUGGCUUGUGAGAUGGCCAACCUCGACUGUGUGAAGGCUCUCUGUGACCGCGGAGCAAAGCUCAACUGCUACUCCCUGAGUGGGCACACGGCUUUGCACUUCUGCACAACGCCAAGCUCCAUUCUCUGUGCCAAGCAGUUGGUGUGGAGAGGUGCUAACGUGAACAUGAAGACCAACAACCAGGACGAGGAGACACCCCUGCACACGGCUGCCCACUUCGGCCUCUCGGAGCUGGUGGACUUCUACAUGGAGCACGGGGCUGUAGUGGACAGCAUGAACGCCCACCUGGAGACCCCACUGGCCAUCGCCACGUACUGGGCCCUGCGCUACAAGGAGCAGGAGUACAGCAGAGAGCACCACCUCAUCUGCCGCAUGCUGCUGGACAACAAUGCCGAGGUCAAUGCCCGUGAUGACGACUUCAAAUCCCCACUGCACAAGGCUGCUUGGAACUGCGACCACGUGCUCAUGAACAUGAUGCUGGAAGCAGGUGCCGAGGCCAACCUCAUGGAUGUCAACGGCUGCGCGGCCAUCCAGUAUGUGAUGAAAGUCACUUCUGUGCGUCCUGCAGCUCAGCCUGAGCUCUGCUACCAGCUGCUGCUGAACUACGGGGCUGCAAGGAUCUACCCACCACAGUUCCACAAGGUGAUCCAGGCUUGUCAUUCUUGCCCCAAAGCGAUCGAAGUUGUUGUCAAUGCCUAUGAGCACAUCAGGUGGAACAUAAAGUGGAGAAGAGCUAUUCCUGAUGAUGACUUGGAGAAACACUGGGAUUUUUACCACUCUCUCUUCACCGUGUGCUGCAACACUCCAAGGUCCCUCAUGCAUUUGUCGAGAUGUGCCAUUCGAAGAGCUUUACAGAAGAGGUGCCACAAGGCAAUUCCUAAGCUGUCCCUCCCAUUGUCUUUGAAGAAGUACUUACUUUUAGAGCCAGAAGGAAUCAUUUAUUAAGCCUUAUGAGACAACAGUUUCCAAUCCUAGAUAUUUAAGUGGACUUGCUGGGUAGAGACAGUUUGCAUAAAUAAAAUGGUACUUGGGCUGAUUAUAACACUUUGGGGAUUUUAAAACACUUUACGAACGCUAUGUCAUUAAUCCUAGAGUAUCAUGGUGAGCUGAAAAAAGCAAGUAAAGUUAAGGAAUUUUUAAAGACAUGACUAUAUUUAGAAGGCACUGGCAUAACAGCAACAGUCCAUAUGUGUAGUGCUCUUAUUAGACACCUGAUCUAUUUUGUGAAACUUUUCAUAUAUUAUCUCAUCUGAAAAGGGACCUACAAUUUCUUACAACCAAUCUCAUUCUCUACUAAUAAUAAGUUUACAUGACUGUUUAGUUUGAAAUGUAGCAGGUUUUGUGAGUGACCUCUUAAACUUGGUGUCCCCCUCCCCAGGACCAUUGAGGGUCAUACUGUCACUAGUUUUAGAAGUUUCUACUCCUCAUCCAAGGUCCUAUACUCUUUCGUGACAGUGUACAUGAGCACAGUUAGAACAAGGAGAUCUUUGAGACAAGUUAGAAAUGGGAAAGACCAACCUACUAGUCCAGGAAUGGACAUUUCAAACACUGAGCCAGACACUGGAGAUGCACGGAUGACUCAGAUGGGACUCCUGCUCUCCAGGGUCUCAUUCUCUGACAGAGGAUCCGGAUAUACGAGCAGGCGACUGUAGUAUGAAGUGCGAUGUGAUGGGGUGUGAGUACAGGUGCAGACUCGUAUUUAGUGCUUACCUGCCAAGGAUAUGCUUUUGACUUGAAGUGCAUGAUUUUUCUUUGAACCAUGAAGACAGAAAGUGGAGAGAUUGUAUAGAGGGACCUGCUACUAUUAGAGUCUAUGUAUGCAAGUUUCUCCAAAUGGUCCAGACUACUUUAUUUUGUAUGGUUUCCUGUUUAAUACUUUCCUAGAUUCCAAGCAAACUGUUGCAUACUCAGUGGCUCCCAUGUACAAGAGAAGGAAGUUGAGGGAAGAUGGGAAACAGGAAGUUGUGGAGGGAAGCACUCAGUAAAAGAUUGUCUUGGUCUUUUCAUGGAACAGACUGAUAUUUUAGAGUAUUUCAGCUAAAAGAUAAGGAUCCUGGAUUUUAAUAAUGGCUCCCUUUAGAAACUAAAUAGACUCUGAAAGGAAAAAUGGAGAAAUUGGGAAGUGUUUUAAUCAGACUUGCUAUUUAGUGUUUUGUAGAAAAAAGAUGGAGGUGAUUCACCUGUAGGCCUCCUGGAGAACGUUGCUUUGCCUUUCUGUUCUUGCUAAUUGCUGUAGAUAAACUUAUUUUGUAUUUAUUUAGUAGAGGUUAAAGUAGAAGCAGGGAAAAGCAGACCUGGACCUGCUGAUGCCCAGCAGGUUUCUUUUAUUGUGUGGUCUUGUUUCCUGUUGGAUGUUUUCCUGUUUUGUUGACUAGAGAUGAUGUCAAAUAUUCCACUAGGUCCUCACUUAGUUCUGUGUCUAAACUGAGAUUCUAGAACUCCCAGUGCUGUGUAGGAAAACAAUAGGUGGACACUAUUAUCUUUUACUCAGUUAACUUCUGAAAAGUAUUCUGUACUAAAAAAAAAAAGUAUUCUGUACUAAAACAAGAUCUCGAACAAGAUCAUCGAACAGAAUGUUGAACUUUUAGGAUGAUUACUCAUAAAAAGUAGUUUACUUCAUCAAGUGGUGUUAGAACAUACUCCAGAAUUUUCAAAGGAUUAGGGGCUUCUCUCCAUCUCCAGGAACAUUCUGGUAGAAAGUCUGGACAGACUGACUUAUGAUAAGUACACUGAGGUUGAGGACAGGAAGUGGGGAUGUUCCUUGUAUAGAGAAAUAAAAAUAUUUGUCAGUGUGUUGCUUGUGUUUGAAAGUUUGCCUUAGUCCAGCAUAGACUAUGUGGCUACUUGUUUUGAACUGUUUGUGGAUUCAAUGUGAUUAUGUCUGUACUUUGAAGUUAAGGAAAUUAAAUGAAAUAAAACUUACAUUUUCUUUUGUC